CCCUUGAACAGUGUCGUGAGUAAAGUCAAAGUAGUGGUUCAUCUGCCGCAUAGAACAUCUCAGUGUGUGGAUCUGUAAGAGCUCCCGGACGUGGCUGUUCGUGAAACUUUAACCGAUAAGGUCAGAUAAUAAAUCCAUAUUCUCCUUCAUCCAAUACAGAAGCCGGAGGAGGACGGAGGUUGAAGCAGUGCAAGUGACACUGAUCAUCGGUGAUGGAAUGAAGAUAUACCAGCCAGGACAAUGACACACAAGAAAUAGUGGGAGAAAUACUCAAUCAAACCUGAAAAACAUACGGUUCCAGUUGAUACAAUGGAGCAAGAAGAGGCAGCAGUCGGGGAUGACGCACAGUCAGAGCUCACAUAUCACAUAGAGCGUCCUGUAUAUGAUGAACCCUUUGUCCGCUCUCAGCUUCUCCACCGAAAAAACAAGCAGUCCCUUGGACUGCGACAGAAGCUGGCACAGCAGUUCCAGUGUUCAUCUGAGCGAGCCAAAGCAGCCGUUCGAAGUUUCCUUCCCAUUCUAACAUGGCUGCCCUCGUAUCCUGUGAAGCAGUACCUUUUCCAGGAUGUGGUCUCAGGUCUUAGCACGGGAGUCGUGCAGCUCCCUCAAGGUCUGGCCUAUGCUAUGCUGGCGGCGGUGCCUCCAGUUUAUGGUCUGUACUCAUCGUUCUACCCCGUGCUUCUCUACACCUUCUUUGGGACAUCUAGACACAUAUCCAUAGGUACCUUUGCUGUGAUAAGUCUGAUGAUCGGGGGCGUUGCGGUGAGGGAAGCCCCAGACUCUAUGUUUAACACGCUACAUGUAAAUGGAUCCAAUACUACAGAUCUAGACGUGGUGGCUCGUGAUGCCAAACGGGUCCAGGUGGCUGUAGUGCUCACAACCCUAGUGGGAAUCAUUCAGUUUGUCUUAGGUCUUCUCAGGUUUGGUUUUGUGGCUAUCUACCUCACAGAGCCUCUGGUGCGAGGCUUCACCACUGCAGCGGCUGUGCAUGUAGUCGUCUCCCAGCUCAAGUACCUGUUGGGGGUGAAAACGCAGCGCUUCAGCGGGCCUCUCUCUGCUAUUUAUAGUGUCAAAGCGGUUCUCAGUGAUAUCACCAGCACCAACAUCACCACCCUCCUCCUGGGCCUCUCGUGCCUAAUCUUCCUGUACGUGAUCAAAGUCCUCAACGAGCGUUUUAAGAAAAAACUGCCUAUUCCAAUUCCAGGGGAGAUCAUCGUGGUCAUUGUGUCCACAGGGGUCUCAUACGGCCUGUCGCUGUCAGGCGUACACAAGGUGGAUGUGGUCGGGAACAUACCAACAGGGCUUCUCCCUCCUGCCGUCCCAGACUUCUCUCUGUUACCCACUUUGGUCACAGAUGCCUUUGCUGUGGCCAUCGUAGGAUUCUCAAUGGGCAUUUCUCUGGCCAAGAUCUUUGCCCUAAAGCAUGGAUACAGUGUGGACGGCAACCAGGAGCUGAUCGCCCUUGGACUGUGUAACUUCAUCAGCUCUUUCUUCCAAACCUUUGCCAUCACUUGUUCCAUGUCAAGAAGUCUGGUGCAGGAGAGCACUGGAGGAAAAACACAGAUUGCAGGGCUGCUGGCCUCCAUGGUGGUGCUGCUAGUGGUGGUGGCCAUCGGGUUCGUCUUCGAGCCGCUACCUCAGACGGCGCUGGCAGCCAUCAUCAUGGUGAACCUGUUGGGGAUGUUUAAGCAGUUCAGAGACAUUCCUGCUCUAUGGAGGACCAGCAAGAUCGAACUGACCAUCUGGAUGACAGCCUUCAUAGCGUCUGUGCUGCUGGGGCUGGAUUAUGGCCUCUUGGUGGCCAUCACAUUCACCAUACUCACUGUCGUCUACAGGACACAGAGUCCUAAAAGUGCCGUCCUGGGCCAUGUUCCCGGUACUGGGCUGUACUAUGAUGUGGAUGAGUAUGAAGAGGCCACUGAAUGUGAGGGGAUUAAGAUUUUCCACUCCAACUCUUCAAUCUACUUUGCCAACAGUGACCUUUAUGUGAACAGUCUCAAGGAGAAGACAGGUGUCAACCCUGAACAUAUACAAGCUUUCCGGAAAGCUCAUAAAAAACGCAUGGCGAACAGCAGCCAGAGCUCACCUCUGAAGAAACGUGUAGAGGACAAACAGCACGGUGUGACCCAUGAAUUGUUAUCCUACAACCACGUGGAGGAGAAGCAGAAGAACGGCCAGCUGGGAGACAGGCAUGGCGAGUCCGACUCUGAGGAGACCAUCUUCAUCGAACCCGUCAGCUCUGUCCGCUUCAUUAUCCUGGACUGGACAGCGGCGAAUUUCAUCGACUCUGUGGGAGCCAAAGCCAUCAAACAGGUCAUAAAGGAAUAUGCAGCUGUGGAUGUUCAAGUGGUUAUAGCUGGCUGCAACAGAAGUCUUCUGGCUGAGCUGGACACCUUACAGUUCUUCACUGGGGUCGUGACCCCAGAGAUGCUGUUCCCGACUGUCCACGAUGCCGUGCUGCACUGUCAGCACUCACAUCCUGGCCCCCCAGCUGCUCCAGUCACCUGAUGUACAACCACUGUCCCCACGGUGAUGGCACCAGUAACAUCCUGAUGUGCACAGCAGAUCUGAAAGGUGAUGCAAUCACUGCUGAACGUCUCCCCAAGGACGUUCAGCCAACAUGCUGGAGAUGAAGCCAACAGUUCUUCGUAUUGAAUAUAGGAGUGUUUGUAGUCGGUGAAUGUUUUCCUCCUCAUUUAACACUCCAAAGAAGUUCCCAUUUUAUUAUUUUUUUUACUGUAGCCAAUCAGGACUGACUUUCCUGCUGACAUUCCUACAGCCUGACCCCUGUGUAUCCAGCGAGGGGGGGGGUUGUUUCAAGUGGCACUUUAACUGUUUUUAGCGUGUCUGUGAAAUUCAGUGUUCAGCCUGUCUGAGUGAUGAAGCUCAAACGACUUUUAUGACUCUGGUUUGUAUUGGAAACUGCAGAGACGUUUGCUUCUCUGUACCAUGCUGGUAUCAGAUGUUCUUCGUUACUGAGAUCUUAAACCUAUGGGGUAUUUGUGUGUUCCAUUUUUAUCUGUGUUUCAGUGUAACUAUGUAUUCAAACCACCAGUUUGCAGUGUCACAUCAUUGUUGUAGUUGUGGCUACAUUUGCACUGCUGUUUGAGGUGUUUUCUGUAGGUGGAGAUGUUUUAAUAUAGUGUUUCCCUUUAUUAUAAAGCUUUAUUAAUGUUAAUAUAUAAACACAGGAUGCCUUUCACACUCGCCAUGUGGAAAUUUGAAAAUAUUCAAUGCAGAGAAUCAUGUGGAAUAAACUUUAUUUUUAAGUAA